UUCGAUUUGUCUGUGACGUACAACAACUUCCGCCCCUGACGUCAUCGCUGUCAGAAAUCAUGGCGGCGUCCUGUGUGCGGACCGUGGGCUCGAUUCUUCGAAAAUGUGGGACUUGCAGCUCCAGUGUGAACACAGUCUCGUCGCAGUUAUCCCGACAGGUCCUGAGGAGGCAGAUUUGUGUGAGCUCUGCCCUCCACGGGAGGAACCUGGCGGCUGAAGGGCCAGAAAAGUUCACGGCGGAGUUCGUCGAGAAGCAGGUGGAGGAGUAUCACAUCGGGAAACGUCACCUGGCGAACAUGAUGGGAGAAGACCCGGAGAACUUCAGCCAGGAGGACAUAGAUAAGAGCAUAGCGUACCUCUUCCCCUCCAGCCUGUUUGAGAAGAAAGCCCGGCCCCUCAUGAAGCAUCCAGAGGAAAUAUUUCCAAGGCAGAAGGCUAUCCAAUGGGGAGAAGACGGACGGCCGUUCCACUUCCUGUUCUACACCGGCAAACCGUCGUACUACUCCUUGAUGCAUGACAUGUACGGCAAAAUCCAGGAGAUCGAGAGGCACCAAGAUCGCCUGAAAAACGACGGCAAGUUCUCCAAAGAGGGCAUGCCGAUCACUCUCAGCUCCAGCAGGUGGCUCAUGCAGGAGGAGCUGGAAACGUUGCUGGUGGAAAACAUCUCCAGUCAUGACUACAGUCAUUUCAUCCAGCUGAUGGAGCGUCUGGUGGCCUUGCCCUACUGCGGCAGAGAGCAGGAGUUUGUCCUGCAAUACCGCCGGGACCUGGAGGCUCUGUCCAAGAAGCAAACGGUUCCAGAGCUGCAGCAAGAUGAGAGAGGCGUCGCCUUCAGCACCGCCGACGGCCGGAGGAAGACGUCUAAGUCCUCUGUGAUUCUUCGAGACUGCGGCUCCGGACGCGUCACCAUCAACGGCAAAGACUAUUUGUACUACUUCCCCGUCCUACAAGACAGAAUGCAGCUGAUGUUCCCGCUUCAGUUCACGGGCACGUUGGGGCGCUUUGACCUGGAGUGCACCGUGAGCGGCGGCGGGCGCUCCAGCCAGGCGGGGGCGCUGCGGCUCGCCAUCUCCAACGCCCUGCUCGGCUUCGUGUCUGAACAAGACAUGGAGAACAUGAGACAAGCCGGUCUGCUGACCCCCGACCCCAGAGUGAAAGAGAGGAAUAAGCCGGGUCAGGAGGGAGCUCGAAGGAAAUUCACCUGGAAGAAACGUUGAGGAGAAUCACCUCCGCUCAACGAGGAUAUGAAAGAUUCAGAGCGACUGCUGGUGAUCAUCUCCCUGGAAGAAACGAGUACAUGUCACUUCAGUUGUCAUCAGUUUAUUUGAGCUCUCAGUAGAGAACAAUGACAGAUGAACAGUCCACCAUGUUUGAGUGUGCAGCUGCAGUAAACCUCUGCAGCCACCAGAUGGCAGUGUGGGUCAACAAAUUAAUGUAAAGAAUGAGUGUUUAUCAAUAUAUUAGACAAUAAAUAAGAGUUUUCAUAUAAAA